AUGGCAGGCGGCUCGCGCUCUCGAUCGCCUCGUCGUGAUGGGCGAUUGGACGAUGCAGAUGGCCGCCGAGAUCACGACAGAGCAGGCGACCGAGAUCGACGCGGCGCUGACCGGGAUGGUGACCGCGAUCGAUACCGCGACCGCGAUCGACGUGAUAGAGACCGAGACCGAGACCGAGACCGAGACCGGGAUAGGGACAGAGACAGGGAUAGAGACCGACCCCGUCGGCCACGGGGCACGGGUGGGUUUCGUUGGAAAGACAAGCGAUCCGACAACCUAGGCGAGGACGACAACCGUCGCGGCGGAACGUUGGAGCGCGGCUACCGGAAUCGAUCGCCACGUCGAGACCGGGACCGAGACCGAGAACGCGACCGUCAAGGGAGAGACGGCCGGGAUGACCGCAGGGACAAUUCAAGGAGAGACCAAGACCGCAGCAGCAGACCAACGGCGUCUUCCUCGGCCGCCCCUGCAGCAGCACCCGCACCCUCUGGGCCGGGCGAGGAGAUGAUUGUCGUCCACAUCAACGACCGUCUCGGUACCAAAGCAGCCAUCCCAUGCUUCGCCUCGGACAAGGUUCGCGAGUUCAAAAUCAUGGUUGCCGCCCGCAUCGGACGCGAGCCCCAUGAGAUCUUGCUCAAGCGACAGGGCGAAAGGCCAUUUAAAGAUCAGUUGUCGCUUGAGGACUAUGGCGUGAGCAACGGUGUGCAGCUUGACUUGGAGGUCGACACGGGUGACUAA